CCUCUCUCUCUUCUCGCUGAGAAAUGUCAUUUAAACUGUUUCGAAGUGUCCAUCUAACGCCAAAGACAGAGCUUUUGGUAUUCCUGAUCCAUCCAAAGACAGAGCUCAUAUGUGUAUUCUUCCUUUCUCACCCUAUAGAUGAUAAAACGUCAUCACUGAGGACUCAUAUCAGACUGGUGAAGAAAGUAAGUUUCAGAUCAGUAUGUGGCUCUUCUCCCGGUCCAAACAUGAUCCAUCCAAGGAUGAUCGCAAAACCACCAAGGAAAUUUCACGGCAUGGAAACGAAGAUGGCAGGGCACGUGAACAGAUUGAGAUUGAGAUUGCUAAGGCAAAGCAAGAAAGUUUGAAGCAAGAGGAGGAGAAGAGAAGAUUAGAAAAGUCAAAGCAAAAAGGCAAAACUAAGCAAGUGGAUGAUCAUGUGGAGGAUGAGAGACAAGUUAAGCCUUCCAAAGAUCAUGUGGAUGAGAAAGAUAUGAAUCCUCCUCCUAGCAUAUGCCGUGGUUGCAACUCUGCGAUUGAAGGUGGAAUAAAGUUUGAUGCCUUUGAUGUUCCUUGGCAUCCUCCGUGUUUUAUCCUUCAUUCUCAACAAUUGCCAAUUGCUACGAACAAGAUUCCAUGUUAUGUCUGUAAUAAGAAGAUUAAAAGAGAGUUCCAUGCUCAUCCGUUCUGGAAGGAGAUAUACUGCCCUGGUCAUGACGAUGACGGAACUGCCAAGUGUUGCAGCUGUGAAAGAUUAGAGUCUUAUGGGACAAAGUAUGUAAUGCUUCCAGAUGGUCGAUGGCUUUGUCGAGAAUGUAUGGAAUGCGCUGUAAUGGAUACUGUUGAAUGUCAUUAUUUACAUUUGGAAAUCCGUGAAUUCUUCGAAGGCUUAAACAGGAAGAUCCACAAAGAGUUUCCUGUUUUUUUAGUAGAGAAAGAAGUUCUGAACAUAGCUGAAAAAGAAGAGAAGAUUGACAAUCAUUAUGGGAUGGUUACUAGAGGUAUUUGCCUGUCUGAAGAGCAGACGGUCAAAAGUGUCACAAAAUGGCGAAAGAUGGGGCCUAACAAUCAGCUAAUUUCAGACAUGGUUUGGAAAUCUCAAAAGGUUAUAGGCAAGAGCGAGGUCACUGCAAUUCUCAUCUUAUAUGGACUUCCAAGGGUCCUGACUGGGUAUAUCUUGGCUCAUGAGAUGAUGCAUGCGUGGCUUAGACUCAACGGUUAUAAAAAGCUAAACAAUGUACUCGAAGAAGGAUUAUGCCAAGUCUUAGGCCAUAUGUGGUUGGAGCCUCAGACAUACGCCACUCCAGACGUAGUAGUAGUAGCAGCAGCAGAUGCAUCAACAGCUUCUUCUUCUUAUUCCCGAAAUCCUACAGCUAUAACCACAUCAAAGAAACGUGCGCCAUCUGGAUAUGAGAAGAAGCUCGUGGAGUUUUUCAAGUAUCAGAUAGAAACAGAUGAAUCACCAGUCUACGGUGAAGGGUUCAAGAAAGUUAACAAGAUGAUGGCCUCAAAUAAUUACAACCUUGAGGAUACCCUGAAAAAGAUCGUUAGUAUUGAAGGCGUGGUUGUAACUGGUUGUUAGACUCGAGCUAUGUUGAUGCAGACGGCAACAGAGGAAGUGUGUGACACAAGAGUUGAUACAGAAUAUAACAGAUGAGUAUGUGUAAGAAAAACGUCUCUUGUGACACAAGAAACUAGUGUUGAAGAGUGGUUGCAGAGAGAAAAAGGCCAUGUGGGCUUCGAGCUCAUAAGAGAAGUGACAUGGGCCUUGUUAUCAAAGGGAAGCCCAAGCAUGAGGAGCGUAGGGUUCUUGAAGCACAUAAAUAGAACGCAACUGGGAAAAGAAAAGGUUGCGCGUCUAGGGUUUAUCGAGAGAGGCACACAUGUAUGUGACGUUGCCCCAUCAAGAAGAUAGAGAGAUCUUUUGAUGGUUUUGUUGAAGAUCUAUACUUGUCGGAAAAGACAAUGAGUAGUAGUUCUUCUUUCAUUGUAAUUCUAGAAAAGAGUGGUGGAUGCCAUAUAGCAAUUGUAGGUUGCGGACUUUUCUAGUGAAUGGUUUCUGGACUAGGUCCGGGGGAUGUAGGUUAACCGAACCCCGUUAACAAA